AUGGGCUCCCCGCUGCGAAAGACCAAGCAAGCCCAUAUUGUUGAGUCAGCGCUGACCCAGCUCCCCGCUGUCCCCAGGCUAACCCCGGUCAGGUGGAGCCGCUACAGCGCCGAAUACCAGGAUCCCCAGACCGACAAGGAGUAUUUCCGAAAGCCCGCCGCCGAGCUGACCGAAGAGGAGCGCUAUGUGCAGGAGCUCAGAAAGACUCAGCUCAUCAAAGCUGCCCCGGCCACCAAGACGGGCUCGGUGUUUGAAGACCCAAUGGUCAGUAAAUUCACCAACAUGAUGAUGAAGGGAGGAAACAAGGUGCUGGCCCAGCAGCUCAUGGAGCAGACACUGGAGGCUGUGAAAAGGAAGCAGUUUGAGAAGUACCAUGCCGCCUCGGCAGAGGAGCAGGCAACCAUCGAGCGCAACCCCUACACCAUCUUCCACCAGGCUCUGAAAAACUGCGAGCCUGUGAUCGGGCUGGUCCCCAUCCUCAAGGGCGGCCACUUCUACCAGGUCCCUGUGCCCCUAACCGACCGGCGCCGGCGUUUCCUGGCCAUGAAGUGGAUGAUCACCGAGUGCCGAGAGAAUAAGCAUCGGCGGACGCUGAUGCCGGAGAAACUGUCACAGGAGCUGCUGCUGGCUUUCCACAACCAGGGCCCGGUGAUCAAGAAGAAGCAGAAUAUGCACAAGAUGGCCGAGGCCAACCGCGCGCUGGCCCACUACCGCUGGUGGUAGAGGGCGCUCGAAGCUGCUCUGGGUCCUUGUGAAGUCCCUGCAGGUUAAAGGCGCAGCUUCUUUGUAAGGAAGGCCGGGCCUUGCCAGCAUGCAUGUGCCUGCUUCAUUCUUCUGGGGGGGUGGGGGAGCUUAGAACUUGCCCCCCUUGGCUCAUCUCCUUACAAAGGGGAACAUGGUGACUUGGGGAUUUCGUCUGAGGCACUGGGGCCGACCUUUGGCAGGUAGAAAGGGAAGCAGGGGUCGUUUCGGAAAAGGUUUAUUAGAAAAACUUCACUGAACAAAUGGCGCACGUGCUGCAGUGCCACCAUUCAUUGAAACCGACAGGAGAAAAGGGGCUGGUUUCCAAGGUGGCCCCCAGAUAAAAUGUACAAAAUCCAA